UUCCGGUGCAUGACGAGCUAGCGGAAGGUGAAAGUGUUCGAGUUCGAUUCCCUGUUUGAAUGUGUGGCGUCGCUGGGACGUUUCACCCGGACACUCGAGCAGGGGACACCCGAGCAGGGGACGAGUCUCCGGAGCCGGACGCGACGCUCCGCUUCCGUUUCACCCGCGGCCGGAAGCUGUCCGCUCCGAUCAAGCUACUGUGCUAGCGUUAGCAUCGAGCUAACCGGCUAGCCCGUCCUGCUGGUGCUCAGGACCCGGACUCAGAGCCUCAGGACCCGGACUCAGAGCCUCAGGACCCGGACUCAGAGCCUCAGGACCCGGACUCACAGUCUCAGGACCCGGACUCAGAGCUCCAGGACCCGGACUCAGAGCCUCAGGACCCGGACUCAGAGCCUCAGGACCCGGGCUCAGACCCUCAGGACCCGGGCUCAGACCCUCAGGACCCGGACUCAGACCCGCGGGUCCCCUCUCCUCCUCCCCCGGCUCCCCAGCACCUCCCUCCCGGCUGUCAGGGCAGCACCUCCCCGUUUCAUGUGACCCGGGUCGGCGUGGACAGUUUAAUGGGAGGCGGGUCGCUGUGGAGGAGUGGACACUGCGACCACCCGAACCCGAACCCGGGACCAGGACCAUGGAGUCUCUGGCUGACUACGUGUACAAGGCAGCCAGCGAGGGGCGGGUCCUGACCCUGGCCGCGCUGCUGCUCAACCACUCCGAGGCGGAGAGCCGCUUCCUGCUCGGCCACGUGACCCAGGUGUCCGGGCAGAGAUCCACCCCCCUCAUCAUCGCGGCCCGCAACGGACACGACAAGGUGGUCCGGCUGCUGCUGGACCACUACCGGGUGGACACGGAGCAGACCGGCACGGUCCGGUUCGACGGCUACGUCAUCGAUGGAGCCACAGCUCUGUGGUGUGCGUCCGGCGCCGGACACUUCGAUGUGGUGCGCCUGCUGGUGACUCACCAGGCCAACGUCAACCACACCACCAUCACUAACUCCACGCCGCUGCGGGCCGCCUGCUUCGACGGCCGCCUGGACAUCGUGCGCUACCUGGUGGAGCACACGGCGGACAUCAGCAUCACUAACAAGUACAACAACACCUGCCUGAUGAUCGCCUCCUACAAAGGUCACACGGACGUGGUCACGUUCCUGCUGGAGCAGGGGGCAAACCCAAACGCUAAGGCGCACUGCGGCGCCACCGCCCUGCACUUCGCGGCAGAGGCGGGACAUCUGGACAUAGUGAAAGAGCUGGUGCGCUGCCAGGCGGCCAUGGUGGUGAACGGACACGGCAUGACGCCGCUGAAGGUCGCUGCAGAGAGCUGUAAAGCGGACGUGGUGGAGCUGCUGCUGGCGCACGCCGACUGCGACCCCGGGAGCCGCAUCGAGGCCCUGGAGCUGCUGGGCGCCUCCUUCGCCAACGACAGGGAGAACUACGACAUCCAGAAGACGUACCACUACCUGCACGCGGCCAUGAUGCGACGGUACCACAACCCGGAAAACAUCCUCGCCAAAGAGCCGCUGCCCCCCAUCGAGGCCUACGGGGGGCGCAGCGAGUGCCGGACGCCGCGAGACCUGGAGACCAUCAGGGUGGACCGGGACGCCCUGCACAUGGAGGGGCUGAUGAUCCGCGAGCGCAUCCUGGGCUCGGACAACAUCGACGUGUCGCACCCGAUCAUCUACCGCGGCGCCGUCUACGCCGACAACAUGGAGUUCGACCAGUGCAUCAAACUGUGGCUGCACGCGCUGCGGCUGCGGCAGAAAGGAAACCGCAACACGCACAAGGACCUGCUGCGCUUCGCCCAGGUCUUCUCCCAGAUGGUGCACCUGAAGGAGCAGGUGACGGCCGCGGGCGUGGAGCAGGUGCUGAGCUGCAGCGUGUUGGAGAUCCAGCGCAGCAUGACUCGGGUGGAGGCGGCGGCCGAGGCGGAGCUGCCGCCGGCCCUGGACAACUACGAGUCAAACGUUUUUACCUUCCUGUACCUGGCGUGCAUCUCCACCAAAACCAGCUGCGGCGAGGUGGAGCGCGCCCUCAUCAACAAGCACAUCUACGACCUGAUCCGGCUGGACCCGCGGUCCCGGGAGGGCUCCUCGCUGCUGCACCUCGCCAUCAGCUCCACCACGCCCGUCGACGACUUCCACACCAACGACGUCUGCAGCUUCCCCAGCGCCCAGGUCACCAAGCUGCUGCUGGACUGCGGCGCGCAGGUCAACGCCAUCGACCACGAGGGCAACACGCCGCUCCACGUUAUUGUCCAGUACAACCGGCCGAUCAGCGACUUCCUCACGCUUCACGCCAUCAUCAUCAACCUGGUGGAGGCGGGCGCGCACACAGACAUGACCAACAAGCAGAAGAAGACGCCGCUGGACAAGAGCACCACGGGCGUGUCGGAGAUCCUGCUGAAGACGCAGAUGAAGAUGAGCCUGAAGUGCCUGGCGGCGCGCGCCGUGCGGCAGCACCACAUCACGUACCGCAACCAGAUCCCCAAGACGCUGGAGGAGUUCGUGGAGUUCCACUGAACCAACGUGCUUUGUAAAGAGUUUUUAAUUUUCUAACGAAUCCAAACGGAGCUGAGGACGACGGCUCGGUGCUCAACGUUUUUGAGCAUUUUUAUAAAUUAAAAAAAGUAGUUUUUUCUAUUUUAAGUAUUAAUUGCUAAACACCAGCAGCCACGGUUUGUUGCGCCUGCGUGUCGGCAGCGCUCGGACGGAUCCGACCCGAGGACGGCGCCGCGCUGGCUCUGCCUGGUUUCCGUGGCGACGCAGACUCGAUGAGACGUAAUGAAUGAACGAGCCAAGAGACGACCGACCUCAGCUGCUUCCUGUCACAUGAUUUAUUUUACUAUGAAGAGUUUUGUCACGUGGAUUAAACUGAUCAGGUUUUUACUUUGUUCUAUUUUAAAAGGUUGUUUUAAAGGUUAGUCUGGGAACGGUGUGGGUGGAAAUAUGUUUCUCUCUUGGUUUGUUUAAAUUAUCUAUGUGGCCUAAAGUAUGUGUACCCCCCCCCCCCCCGGGCUCAGUGUGUCUGGAUUCAAAUCAUCUACAAAUAUCUGACGUGUUAAUCAUCAUGUGACCUGUCGGGCGCGGGUCCAGUUUAAACUGGUUCUGGUCCCAGACCCGGUGAAAGCUUCGGUCCAGUCCAGUGACUUUAAGGUUCAAUCUUUGUGGUUUGAAGGAACUGGAUUUUAAACCCAUGCUUCAGUGUUUUUUUCUCAUGUCCACAUACUUUGGGCCAUAACAUCUACGAUUCCCAGUGAUUAUAAAUUGUGAACCACAUCUUUCCAGAACAUUGUGCCUGUAGAUCGAAGACUUUAAAUAAAGACGGACGACACCAAC